CUCCACCUCAGUUCAACAAUCGCGGAGUUUAUUGGUGAAUAAACUGGUUAAUUGCCUUUCAAAAUUCCGAGCCGUGCAGUUGGAUUAAAUCAGUGUUUGAUGGGCAAAAUGAAUACCUCCGUGAAAUAACUCCACAGGAUUUCAAGUGAUAAUCCCAGUGUGGCUUCUCCUCUCGGGGACUGAAGAUGUAUCGGGGUGUGUGUGUGUCGGUUCCCCUGCUGACUCUACUGGUACUGACACUUGUGGUGCCCAUGGGCCAGGCCUGCCCCAGGAGCUGUAACUGCUACCAGGCCAAUGAAGUCCACUGUACAUUUCGUUCCCUGCUCAGCAUACCUUCUGGCCUCCCUAUACACACACGCCGCAUAAACUUUGGAUUCAACAGCAUCAGCACAAUACAUGACAGUUCUUUGGCUGGGCUAAAGAAGGUGGAGCUCCUGAUGCUCCACAGCAAUGACCUCCACCAUCUGCCAGAUGAAGCAUUCAGAGAUUUGAAAUCGCUACAGAUACUAAAGCUGAGUUAUAACAAGCUUAGAGAGAUCUCUUCAUCUCUAACCUUCUCUGGCCUGACCUCCCUGCUGCGUCUGUACUUGGAUCACAACCGCCUCCAGCACAUCCACCCCCGGGCGCUGCUCCAGCUGCCGAGCCUCAGGCUGCUGCGUCUACAAGGGAACAGGCUGCAUCAACUGCACCCUCGCACUCUGUGCACACUGUCCCUCCUGAAUACAUAUUACUUCUCUACACUCAGACACCUAGACUUGUCCAACAACAGUCUAACAACUCUGCCCAGAGACACAUUAGCAACAGCACCUCUGCUAGAGACUCUUGUGCUGCAGGCUAACCCUUGGAGUUGUGACUGUAGGAUGAACUGGUUUCUCACUUGGAGUCUGGCACAUCCAGGCUUAAUGAAAUGUCCCGGCGGCCCUCAGUGUCCAAUCUGUGCCUCGCCCGAUUCCCUUCAAGGUCAAGGCUUGCUUGAGCAGACUGACCCCUUGUGCAGCUCGCCUGUUAUCGCCUCCCCAGGAAGAGACACACCUUUGGAGACCGAACAUAGUGAAAUCCAAACCAGUGAAUCCUUUAGAGAACCUUUAGGCACUGCCUCUCUGGGUCUGUCUGAUCAACAAGGGAACAGCGUGGAUCUGGUUUGCAACUUCACUCACUCUGAUUCCCAGGAUAUUGCUCCACCUCCAGAUCUCUCUCUUUCCUCCUCUUCCCCUCUCCCCCUCGCUCUCUCACUCUCCCUGGAAUGCCCCGUGGAGAGACAGAGCUAUGAGACACUUUGGAGGAUCCUAGCGUACUACAGUGAGACUGCGGUUCGUCUGGAGAGGCACAUCAUGCUGAGUAAAACCCCAGCAUUGGCUUACCGCUACAGGCAGGCACCAGAGACAGAAGGAUAUUAUCACACUGGAGUCCAAUCUUCCGUUGAAGCCAGACCACAAUGGUUACUACAGCCAGCCAUCGGCAUUCAGCUAAACAGAGCACAGUCUAACAGACAUAAAGUUCAACUUAUCUACUCAACAAGAGUUUCUGCUCAUCCCGACCCUGCUUCUCAUCUCUCAGCAUCCUCCCCUUCCUCACCCCCAUGGGUGCUGAUUUCAACUAAUCAGACCGCCACCGAACUUGCAACAGUAGUAGGUAGUAAGGUGGAGCUAUCAUGCCCUCUUUUAAGUUCUGGUAACCCCAAAGUACAGUGGGUUCAACCGGAUGGAUCCAAGCUGAUCUCCCCCUCAAGCAGCUUAGAUGGUAGGCUCCAGGCUUCAACCUCUGGUUUACUUAUUCAUAAAGUGCAGCUCUCAGAUGCAGGGAUCUAUUACUGCAUAGCACGGGCAGGCAAGGAUGUAGACGUUCUCCCCCUGCGCCUGGCAGUGGAGGAUUCCUCUUUUCCCCCUUCAGGAGAGCAAGUGGGACCUCCUGUCACAGCAACUGUUGGUAAAACUAUCAGUCUAUCUUGCAAGGCUUUUGGUUCACCAGCGCCUCAUAUAAAUUGGGUGUUACCAGAUGGAAACUUAGUACGGCAGGGAUUAGCUGUAUCAGGACUUCAUUUCCCACAGGGCCACAGUCAGCUGCUGGCCGGUCAACCAAGAUACGAGCUCCAUUACAAGAAGAAGAAGGGUCUGGCGAUAUUCGACAAAAGACUGUUGCCACUAAUGAAAGCGAGCCUGUCGAUGAAGCAAAGCCCACAGCUGAAGCUGUGGAAGGAGGCCAAGAUGGACACACAGGUAGAAAUGACGGACUUGAUGAUACAGAGAGAGAUAGAUCUGAAGGACCAGGGGAGGAAGCAGAAACUGAAGGGUCAUCUCUUGAUGAGACUGAUCUACAAGAGGAAGGCCUUCAGCAUAUCUUCAACUACAACGACUACAAUGAUCACAACAAGUACAACACAAUCACCCAGAGAGAGGCCAAGCAUUGUCAACGUUGAUCCCAGAGGGAGGCCUAAUUCUGGGGGUUCAAACCAGAAUCGACCCACUAUUGACUGGAGGAACCCUGGAACUAAUUCUAUUCCAGAUUCAGACAGCAGCCGGCCUCAAUGGCCCCCCUCCCCUUCACUCCCGGCUGCCCCUGGGGUCCCAGUUGUGAGAUCCAAACCUAGGAUUGCAGACCCGCACAUCAGGACAGAGUCGGUCCCAGCAGAGAGCACAGCCAGGCUGGCUUGUGAAGCUCAGGGCGAGCCAAAGCCCUCCAUCACAUGGACCAAGGUCUCCACAGGAGCGGUGAUGUCAAUUCUCUCCAGGGCAGAGCGUUUUGAGGUCCUGCCAAAUGGCACUCUAGUUAUCCAGAAUAUUCAGCUGCAGGACAGAGGCACAUACAUCUGCAGUGCACAGAGCUUUCUGGGUCGCGACAGAUUGCUAGCCAACCUGGAGGUGUGGACACGCCCCCCUCGAAUGCAGCUGGCCAGCUACAGAGAAGUUACCAUUCAUCAGGGUGGAGAGGUGCACUUGCAGUGCCAGGCGGAUGGUGUUCCCAGCCCUCUGCUCUCCUGGGUUUUGCCUGAUCGCUCUGUCCUGACCUCCAGCGCUGCCUCCACCAGUCGGAUUAUUAUGGACACGAAUGGUACCCUCCAUAUACCAGUAACUUUAACCGGUGACAGAGGUGUGUACCGCUGUGUGGCUUCCAACUCAGCAGGAACAGCCAGUGCCUCAGCGCGUGUACAUGUGUCCUCCUUGCCCCCUGUUAUACAGCAAGCCAAAGAGGAGCACCUGCUUUUGUCUCCUGGGAGGCCUGUUUAUGCUCACUGCUCUGCUAGGGGAGCCCCGACACCAACUCUGCGCUGGCGAAUUCCAGAUGGGACUAUAGUCCGCCAAUCCCAGUUUCUUCAUGGCAACCUUUUUGUCUUACCCAAUGGGACACUGCAUAUUCGAGGAGUUCGGCCUAAGGACUCAGGGAAUUACGAGUGCAUAGCAAGCAAUGCUGUGGGAACCGAUAAGAGAACAGUUAGGUUAGAAAUUGAAGGGUCAGCAGAAGGAGAAAGAAGCCAGAGUGAAGCAAGACAUGAGGGAACGAAAGUAGUUGAAAAAACAUCUUCUUCACUAAAUAAAGACAGAACUUUAUCUAUCCCUAGCCACCCUUCAAAUCCAUUCAACUCAGCUAGACUCCCCGCUUCAUCGCCCCAUGAUAGAUCCCGGACCUUGCCGCUCAACCCCAGUUCUUCUCGCUCAUCUUUUUACCCUCGCCCACCCACUGCCACUAACUCACUUCCUAAAAUCCAUAAAACAGUCACUGCCUACCCCACACACUUGAGCAACAUCAACAAAACAAAGCUCUCCCCUCUCUCCCCAUCCUCCACAAUACCUACAAAUAACACCAAAGUCUCGCCUGGCAUUGUAAAUAACACAAAAGUUAUUUCUCCUCCCCCUUCGAAAAAAUAUACAGCAUCAGCUGCUUUGCAUCCCUCGCCUGUCUCACCCUUCAGUAAAGCCCUUAUUGUCUCUACAUCACCCUCCAGCUCCACUGUCCACUAUGGGUUAUUCUUGCAGCUCCACUGCUCUGUAACUGGAAACCCAGCACCUAUCAUCAUUUGGAGGACCCCUAUUAGCAAACUGGUGGACGUGCAUUACAGUUUUGACCAUCGUUUGAAGGUGCACCCUAAUGGAACUCUGUCAAUCCGAGCAUUAACAGAGAAGGAUGCUGGUGACUACCUCUGUAUCGCGCGAAACAAGGUCUCAGAUGAUUAUCGCCGCCUGCGUGUCUCUGUUGUUACUAAGCCUGCCAAGAUCGAGCCCAAGCAACCACUCAAUCAGAUGGUGUCUUUUGGCACACCACUGAAGGUGGACUGCCAGGCAUCAGGACUGCCUGACCCAUCUGUCCGUUGGAGCCUACCAGAUGGAACCAUGGUGAACAGUGUGUUGCAGGGGGAGGACAGAGGAGGGAGAACACGGAGGCUAACUGUGUUUGACAAUGGGACGUUACUUGUACCAGCAGUAGGGAUGGGAGAAGAGGGAGAGUACACAUGUUAUGCUGAGAAUCAAGGAGGCCAAGACACCAUGAAGGUCAAAGUAAAGAUCAUGAGGACAUCUCUACCAACCUUUACUGAUGACAGAAGACACCACGUGGUCAACGUACGUGAAGGGGCAACAGCCACAAUUCCCUGCCAGGCCACUGGAGUUCCUGCCCCGACGGUCACAUGGUUUUCCCCGACCCGCCUUGUCAUCCCAAAAAGUUUGGGAUCUGGCUUUUAUUCCGAGAGGGUUGUGGUGGUUUCGGGUGGAAUUUUAGAGGUGCGUCUGGCUCAAAAGAUCGACACGGGAACCUAUACCUGCCGAGCUAGCAACUCAGCCGGGGAGAGGAGCAUGCUGGUGGGCCUGGAGGUGGAGGCUGCUAACCAUGGACAGAGUGGCCGGGUGGGAGGAAGAGGUUGGAGUACAAGCUAUCAGCCUGAUAGUGGUCAUGGCAGUAGAUCAGGGGAAAGCACUAAUAAUGCAAGGAUACGUCAAGAUGGAUUUACCAAUGCAGACACAGGCCAGCUUGGCAGCAGUGACAGCAGAAAUAAUGCCUAUAGUGCUAAUGAUGGCAGGACAAAAAACAUUGCACCAAAGGAUGGCACUAACAUAGCGACCAGUGGCUUUUAUCCUGCCCUUAGGAGUGAUAGUCAAGAUGGAUUGAACAGACCUGUCAGUGGAAUCACCACACAACUAGGAAGAAGUGAUAUCAGUGUUGGAGUGAGUGGGGCUGGAAAUACAGGCAUUAAAGCGGAUAACAUUGGAACAAAUCAAAAUGGACCCGGCAUUAUGAGUAAUAGUAAUAGCCUGAGUAGCAGUCACAACACAGUUGGAUCAGAUAAUGUAGAAAGGAAUCCUGGGACUAAUACGAAUGAAGUAAAUGCAGGAAAGGCUGGUAAUGGCGCUUACACCAGUAGAGAAAAUGGCAGGAUAAGUGUGUCUAAUACAGGAGCUGGGACUGGCUCACUCAGUGGAAAUGUGUUUAGCAGAAGUAGCAGUAAUGCUGUUAUAGCUGCUGGUACUAAAAACUAUAGUAACACUGUUGUGGGUGUGGUAACUACAGUCAAACAGCGAGCUGUGAAAGGCCAAACUGUGGUUUUGCCAUGCCUCUCCCAAGGCUCCCCUCCCCCUCGUGUGGCCUGGCUUCUGCCUGGUAAUGGUGUGUUGCCAGCUCCUUACUAUGGCAGCAGACUCACUGUGCACCGAAACGGCUCUUUGGAGCUGCGAGGAGUGCGUGCGAGCGAUUCUGGGACCUUAUUUUGUGUGGUCAGAAAUGAGAGAGGACAGACGACGAUACAGGUGGAGCUGGAAGUCUCUGAGCCACAAAAGGAGGCCAGACUUUCACACAGGGGACGGGCAGAUGAAAGGCCUGUGAUGGGACGUGUUGUUGUAAUAGAGGCGCCACGCCCGGGAGCCUCAUUAGAUUCAGCUAAAUCCUUGAGCUCAAGGCCAGUGUUGCCUGAGGCACUUCAUCCAAAAAUCCAAGUUACUCAAAAGCCUCUACACAGAGGCCAGUCUUUGCCUGCCAUACCUCGUCCUGUCGGCCCUCCACCCCGUUCCUCGAGCCCUGUGUCAGAGCCAGCAGUGAGCACCAGAACAGCUCCCUUAGUGAGCAUCGUUAAUGGAGAGAACCUCCGCCUGCCUUGUCCUGCUCCUCAAACCCAUGGAUAUACCCAGGUCUCUCUCUCAUGGACCAUGCCAAAUGGAAAAGUACUGACCCGGGGUGAAAGUGAUGACUCAGGCCGAUACAAAGUCCAAGAAGAUGGAAUUCUGACAGUGCAGCAGGCCUCCGUGUACGACCGCGGCACCUUCAGCUGCAGAUCUACCAGUGGCAACUCAGUUUCAGUCAUCACGGUUCCUGUCAUCGUCAUCGCUUACCCGCCACGCAUCACAACAGGCCCCUCCCCGGUGACCUACACACGACCCGGGGUGGCUGUGGAGCUGCCGUGUAGGACAAUAGCGACACCCCGGGCGACCGUAACCUGGGAAACACCAGACCUGACACAGCUGAGGGUCAUGAGUCAGGCUCGUAUCUAUGGCAACCGCUACCUUAGUCCUCAAGGUUCCUUGGUGAUACAAAACCCGACAAGUAGGGAUACAGGAUUUUACAGAUGCACCGCCAAAAAUGUAAUAGGAGUGGACACCAAGGCAACCUACCUACAUGUUAUAUAACAGGGUGAAAUAAACACACACACAAAUAGACAAUCAGCAGAACGACGGAGACAGUCUACUGUACUGGUGGAUGAACUCCUCUGCUUAUAACAUUUUAUGUUUCCCACAUGCCCAAAGGAACUGCAAGGCUUUAUGCAGGAGAUACUGUUGAAUCUCCGAAAAGACAAUACUAAUAUACAUUAUGUCUCAUUUAUGUAUUUGUAUGCCUUUGAUUUCAAUACAUUUUUGUUUGAAAUAUCAGGAGUUGAAGGAUUCUUUGCUGAUACAGCAUCAUACAUCAUACAUCAUACAGCACCUGUGGACUGUUUCAGUGCAAAGAUGUGUCACAUUUGAGUAUUGCUGAAAGACAAGCAAGCUUUCCUUGGCCUGAUUGCUUUGUUUCAUUACUUUACACAUUCAUCCACUAAAAGUGAACUACAGUAUAGCAUACAGUAUUUGUAAUGACUGUAUCACUAAAUAUUGUAGAUAAAACACAGAAUAAGGACAAGAAAGACUUUUUCCUGUCCUUCACAAAUGUCAAAAGGCACAUUAAUAUUCGACGUGAUGUCAUAUCAAAUAAUCAUGUUUGAUUUUGGUGUAUAUUUAUAAAAUAUAAGAUGUUUUUAUAUACUUGCGAAAUGGGACGCCAUCAACACUAUUUAAAUUUCAACUUGAUAUUGACCUUUUAACUACAUUUUCUAAUUUAUAACGUACAUAAAAAGGUUGUAUUUUGUUGUGGUGCAUAUGUAGCGAACAGUAACUUAAAUUGGCAGCCUUGUUUGUAUUUUACUGCCUUACCGUUACAGUGAAUGUGUAGAAGACAUGAUGAUGGCUCAAGCGUUGUGAUCCAACCAGUUUAUUCAUGAUUUCUUGAACCUAUUAACUCUCCUUGUUAUAUUAUGGAUUUUAAACCUUGCCAAUAUUAUUUUACCACCAUUGAGAACAUCUCACAUUCUCACAGCAUUAAUGGGGCAGAAAGAGAUACGGUACAAUGCACAAUAGUCAGUUCUUUGGAGAGUUAUCUUUGUGAUUAUUUUGAUAUUAAAGAUUGUAUAAAUGCAUGUGUGGUUUAAGAUCCUUCCCUAAGCUUGAGCACAAAGACAGCAGCUCAUAGUUAUCAUGUUUCCUCUUUUCUUUUAUGUUUUCUUUUCAUUUUGUCCUUAAAUUAUUUGUCUUGUAAAGUCUCUGUUGUAAGAUGUGCUUUGUCAUAAAGGGAGAAAUUAUUAAAUAUCAUUAUGUAUGUCAAUAGUUACCAAUGAAUGACUGCUUGCUAUAUUUUUGAACAGCUUCAUUUUAUAAAUAAAACUGAAAAAAUAACUGAAAGUCGACUUCAUGAAAUGGCAACAGUUAAAACUAAGAUUUAUUCAGAAAAACGAAACAGAUACAGAGUGUGUGCCUGAGUGAGUGUGGGGAGAGUCAGAGUCAGAAAAGUAAACAACUAGUGUUGGUACAAGAGCAAGAAAGGAAGCUUUUCCUUGAGUAUAUUAUGAGAACAGAAACUCCUUAUCCC